UUCAAGUUUUGAAGAUAAAACUUCUAACUUUCUAGCCUUUCUGUUUCAGGUUUUCUAGUUUGCUAGAAUGGCUGCUGCUACUACUCAAACAGAGAAGCAAGUAUCAUUGAAGCUUCUGGUAAAUGAGGAGACCAACGAAGUUUUGUUUGCUGAAGCAAAGAAGGACUUUGUGGACAUUCUCUGUAGCAUCUUAACACUGCCUUUGGCAACCAUUGCAAGACUUGUGCAGAAAGAAUCCAACAUUGGGCCAAUUACUGUUGGUUGUCUGAAUACACUUUAUCAAAGUGCGGAAAAUUUUGACCCUGAGUCUAUGUGGACAGUGACAUGGAAAGAAACGCUGUUAAAGCCAAGAAAAUCAUGCUAUUGCAGUACUCUUAAGCUUAAUAUUGAUGACACUGAGCCUAAAAAGUACUUCAUAACUCCGGAUUUUGGCUCCUGCAAGCAUAGAUAUUUAAGAACUUCGCCUGGGGGUUUAUGCGACUGUGGGUAUCAUCAUCUGUCCCGUCCGGUUUUCCUAAACGAUUUCUGCAAAGGGUUUGUUAACGGUUUUCCCACUUAUAUCAUCACUGAUGAUCUGAUUGUCAUGGCAAACUCUUCCUAUACAAACCUGGGGUUUCUCCAGAAUUUUGGAGUAAAAAACAUAAGUUCAGCAAAGGAAAUGAUUGUGAAUGUGACUACAGAAAAGGUCAUGUAAAUGAUUGGUUUUU